AUGGCCAAAAGACGAAAGCUGCAGCACCAAAAAGGCCCCCAGAGACCUACUGCCCGCCCACAGCAAAAAGAUCAGGGUCCGUCCAAGAAGCCCCUCCAACCUGCAAAGAAGCAACACCGCCAACAGCACCAUGACGAGCCCGUCAUCCCCUUCAGCCCCAGCGACCGCAUCCUGCUGGUGGGCGAGGCCGACUUGAGCUUCGCCGCCUCCAUCAUCCAGCACCACGGCUGCACAAACGUCACGGCAACCGUCCUCGAGAGAGACCACGCCGAGCUGGUCGAAAAGUACCCCGCCGUGGAUACCAACAUUGCCGUGGUCAACCGCCGCCCGGACGCCGAUGCUCCUCCGGCAAGCCCCGGCCACGGCGCCGGGUCUGACGCCGGUCACUCGGAAGAAGAAGAGCCCGCCCAAGACUACUCUGACGAGGAUUCACAAGCAAGGCGGCACAAGCCCGUCGCCAUCACCAACAAGCUCAUCUACAACGUCGACGCCACAAAGUUCCCGUCCUCCAUCGCUCGCACCCCCCACGACCGAAUCAUCUUCAACUUCCCCCACGUCGGCGGCAAAUCCACCGACGUCAAUCGCCAGGUCCGCUACAACCAAGAGCUCCUCGUCGCCUUCUUCCAGCGCGCCCUCGCCUCGCCCGCCGCGCCCCUCGCCGCGGGUGGCUCCAUCGUCGUCACCCUCUUCGAGAGCGAGCCCUACACCCUCUGGAACAUCCGCGACCUCGGCCGCCACGCGGGGCUGCAGCUCGAGCGCAGCUUUCGCUUCCAGGCGGCUGCGUACCCGGGCUACCACCACGCGAGGACGUUUGGCAUCGUGAGGAAUAAGAAGGGCGAGGAGGGUUCUGGCUGGAAGGGCGAGGACAGGCCGGCGAGGAGCUAUGUGUUUAUGAGGAAGGAGGAGGUGGAGGAUCAGACGAAGAAUAAGAAGAAGCGGAAGCGAGGCGGUGAUGACUCUUCGAGCGAUGAGGACGAGGACUAA